AAGACAUGGAAAGAGAUCGUGUUGAAAUACAAAUUGAAAAUAAUAAAGGUCAAAUAAAAGAAUCGGCACUAUUUACAAAAAGUGCGGCAAUUAGUCAGGACGAAUCAUUUCUAGUUAUAUUUGAUUCAAUUGACGAUAAGUAUGAAAAUGUCACAAUACGAAUGUAUAACGUCAAUAUCGAUGAAGCGGGAAAUAAAGAUCUUGCUGAAACAUUUGAACCAUUUGAACCAUUUGAACCAUUAAAACUUACACUUAACUUUACUGAUGAGCAUGAAGAACAAAGUAGGUUGAUGGAGUCAAGUUCUUUUUCAAGUUGGUCUAUUGCUGUAUCAAAUGAGUAUCAUGAAA